UGGCUGCAGCAGCCAUAACUGGCUGGUUUUACUUAUUAGUAUGCUUAUUUUCUAUGUAAUUACAAAAUAAUGAAAUAAAAGUGUUGUGUGACACUAGCAUGUCUUAUCAUCUUUAAUUUUGCCCACACAAGGGUUCAUAUUAGUUACUUAGUAAAGAGACUCUUUUUACACAACCAAGUGUUUUAUUGAAUGAAAGACCUUUAUUGUACGUUUGUGCUCUAACAAGCUUAGUACAGAUCAUGAAUAUAUCAUUAUUCACAGCCGACGUUUCGGUGACCGUCUGUCACCUUCCUCAUGGGCAAUUCUCACUUGUUUACAUUACAUUGCAGCACAGUUGUCGCUGCUAUAGAUGCAUUCCCAAAUGUGCAAUACUUACAUAUCUACAAGGAACUGUAUCUACAAUGCGAUCCCAUAUAAUAUGUACAGGAGUAAUAAAUAAUUAUGCUAUAUGCCUAAUUGUGGUCAGUUAUUAAACAAACGCAGUUACUGGGUACAGACUCCUUAAUAAUGUGGCUCCAAACGUACAGUGUAAUACAUGUACAUGUAUGUACAUAAUAGUCACUUAGCACAAUAACCCUACUUCUUAAGAAUGCUGUCUGUUAACUCCAUGGUACAACAUACCGCGAUAUCUUGAUCUUGCAGAUUUUGAACAAUGGAACAAGUAAAUUACAGACUACCACAAGACUACUGGCCAAUUAGCAGGACCCAUUAUCAUCUGCAUACGUUCAGUUUGAAAGAGUCUUAUAAAUAUUUUGCCGUGCCCGUGUUGACGAAUUUUUGGACGUUCCAACGUUACGCUGUUUUCUGCUAUGACGCAAAGUCGAGAUGUCAAGGCGUGCUACACUUUCCAGGAGCCCGUGUCCUUGGGACGAGCUCGGAAGACUGUACUAGAAGGGAUCCAAACAGAAACCUUGAAACUUCAGUACUUCUCUCACGAGUAUGGCGAAGUUCCCAUCCUCUUCGGCUACUUGAGUGUCCGGUCCCAGGAUGCGGCGGAGGCCGCUAUCAACAGCAUUUUGGCCAUGUUUGAGGAGGAAAAGGCCGCCCUGCUUACGGAACGGACGGACGGCCCGGCCGGUCCGCGUACCUACCUCCACUCCAAGUACUCCCACCUUCUCAAACAGGCCUGCUGCUGCUGCUGGAAGUUUCAAAUGGAUCCAAGCAACCCGUUGAUCAAACAAGUUCUUACUUUCGACGUUCUUCUUAGUGACGAGAACACGAUUUCGCGUCUGAUUCGCGUCAUCAGCGAUAAGACCAACGGGUAUAACCUGGGCCUCGUGUCGCGGUGGUUCCUCAGACAACUUCAGAAGAAGUUCAAGUAUCUCGUCAAGGUGGCGGCAAAUACUUGUUUUUCUAACAGGGUGCAAUUGAUCAAUCAGUUGGAGUCGCCUUCGGGGUUCAACGGUUAUCGGUUCAGCUACCUGCACCUGGCCUCCUUUUGUACGCACCCGAAGCUGAUCGCCUUGCUGCUCCGGCACGGCGCGGACCCGGACCGAGGAUCGCCCCGCUUCGGUCGGCGGUGGCCCGUGGGGUAUCUCUUUCACGCGAUGUGCUGGGACGUGUAUAAGGGUCGCGAUGACUGUGCCUGCCGUGUCCGGCGCUGCCUGCAGAUCUACUGCCGAGCCAUGCCGAGGAUCCCGCUCCAGAUCCCGUCCUUCCACGACCCGAGUGACUCGGAGCCCGACCUGUUGGCCGUCCAGCGCGCGCGGUGGAACUCCUGGGUGCCCCGGGACAGGUGCACCGACCCCUGCGAACUCAAGCACCUCUGCAGGUGUCUCAUCAGAAAACGUCUGCAGGACAACGGGGCACUGCCAGGGGGCGUUUAUCAACUCAACUUGCCAACGCUCCUGCAGAAGUAUCUCGACUUGCUCCUUGAUUAAUUACAACAAAGUUGACUGCCCAAGAUUUCCUAAGUCUGUAGUUUUGGGGUAAAAUAAAAGGGAGAAAUAUAACAUGUUGUGGGGUGAAACGUACAAACCCUUUGUCUUUUUAAGUUUUGUCCCCAAGUCAACGAAACUGCUGAAAACGUACGUAUGAGAUGAACAAGAAAGGCCGACAUUUGCUUUGGAGCAAAUGCAGCGGAUGGCUUCGCCACAUUUUACGACAUGGCAGGGAAAGGAGAAACACAAGGGAAAACAAUGUUUACAUUGAUAUGACUAUAGUUUGAAGUGACAGAUAACUAAGAUUACAACAGUUGGAUAGCUAUCCCCUACAUUUUUGGUUAGGUUUUUUAUUUGCAUAAUGCAAACUGUUGAGUUUCAAGAUAAACGAAGAGUUUAUGCCCCGAAUUCCAAUGCUUGAGCAGGAAAGUUUGACAUACCUACCAAAACACUUGAAUGCAAGUCAUACAGUUUCCACCUUUUACAGAGAAAAUCAUAAUAUGCCUUUGUCAAAGUGUUUUAUUUUCGGUAGGGUUUGAGUGAAAUAAUCAAUGAUAAUGUAUCAAAAUACGUUGUACACUUGUUUUUAUGUGACUAGAAAAAUAUCUUAU